AUGAAAUCCGCCAUCAUCUUCGCCUGCCUUUUGGCCGUUGCCUUCGCUCGCCCCAAUCCUGAUGCUGAAAUCGUCAAAUUGGACUCUGAUGUUGGACCUGAAAGCUACGUAUACAAUUUGGAGACCAGCGAUGGUACCAAGAAGGAGGAAGCUGGACAACUGAAGGAUGUUGGCACUGAUCACGAAGCUAUCGUUGUCCACGGUAGCUUCUCGUGGGUGGAUGAAAAGACUGGCGAGAAAUUCACCGUCAACUAUGUUGCUGACGAGAACGGUUUCCAACCUCAAGGCGCUCACUUGCCCGUUGCCCCAGUCGCUUAAGUUGUUUGAAAUAAUGAAAAUUGUUUAAAUUUUAAAUUGAAAUAAAAUUAAAUGUAUUAGUUACUGAUACAGACAAAAAUUAGUAAAGUGCGUGAUUUUCUUAAAUCAAAGAUAUUAAAUUGAAGUUCGGUGUAAUGGAAGUUUCAUACUCAGUAUACAAACCGACAUACAUUUAGUGCUUACUCGGUAUUGUUUGAAUGUGAACUACUUUAUGAAAAAAAUGGGUUUUUAGGUAAC